AUGUCGCCGGGAGAAGUGAGUUCUCAUCGUGUCUUUUCCCCGCUGCUUUGGAGGCGCUUUGUCCCCUUAAUUCCUUCCUAUUCCCACGGUUUUUUUCCCGUGUGCGCAAGGCCCAUCACAUUUUGUUCUGCGUGGUCAACGCCAUGGCAUGUUAUGCUUCGUUAUGCGAGCUCUCUGCCUUCGAGGCCGUCGCCACCCUGUGGUAGUCCUCUGCCCUCCGAUGUCACUGAGGACGAUGAUCCUGUUUUACCCUUUUUGCUGCCAAACAGUACGAUGCCGCUGACGCAACUGGCCAAACUGCUUCCGGAUGAGGUGCUUGAGAAAUUAGAAAAUGGGCUCAAGAGCCACCUGGAAAAUUUUCCUGCACGCUACCGUAUUUUCCGUGGAACGAACGGGCUUCUCCAUGCCCAGUGCGUGACACCCGCCGGCAACAAUGGUACUAAGAGCACAGAGGAGGGCAAGGUGGAAGAGACUCAGGGCAAGAAGAAAGUGUCAUUGUCAAUUCCAAUUGUCCCGGGCCGCUUUCUCACUCUCGAGAGUUUUAUGAGGUUCAAUUACGCGGCACGCCCGUCGGGGACGGUUGAUUUUAAUGCCUCUCAUAAAGAAAAGGAUGAGAAUAUUCAAAUGAUGAAGCACUUUUUUCAUGGGUAUGUGCACCCCGUGAAGAGCGCGGAAUUGUGGCUACUCACAGCAGAAUAUAAAUUAAGCAAGUUUCCAUCAGCAGAAGCAGCGGUGACAGUGACUGGAGUUGAGAAAAGGACUGUUGUUGACCCCGAAAUGUCAGGGGUGAUGGAAGGAAAAGAGGUCCUUCAGGCGUUUCGGUGGGUGCAUCUUGAUAAUAGGGAGAAACUAAAUCAGGCAGUGACCAUGUUACGCAGUGAAGCCUGUAGCGAUUCACUGGGAAACGACGUGGGGGAGAAGAGAGCUUCACAUGGUGAAGUUUCCUCUGGAACCACUUUUAGAAGGAGUUCCACUUUUGUUCGCUUCCUAGUCCCUACUGCGCCUCUCCCAAUGGAUGCCACGACUUCGUCGCACUGUUUAGAAAAUGGGAUUGAGGAGUACAAUUUUUACCGCAUGUGCCGUGCGUUGAGUACAACAACGUUUAUGCGACUCCCGGAGCUGCAGGAUGUCGUGGAGGGAUGGUUGACGCAGCCUUUAGCAGCCGUCCUGGCAAUAGCGGGGGAAGAGAGUAAGACGACUGUAGGGCUGAAUGGUGUGGAUGAAAAACGCUCCUUGUUGGAAUUUGAUUGUGACCCCGACGACUCGACUCGCAUUGUGGGGGUACGUUUCUGGCUUGACGAGGAACGCUACCUGCCGCCGCAGUACCGUAGUAUGUCACCCGCAGAACUAGAGAAGGAACUGUCUGAGUUGGAGACAAUAACCCCUAAAGAUCUGAACCAACUAUCCAAUCAUAAGCGUGUGAAGAUUAUUGAUAGAAAACGUCUGCUAAAGCGCUG